AUGACGUGCCCUGUUUGCCGUGCAAAUGUGAGGGAAGCACCCAUUAUCAAUCAUGCUCUACGAGACAUUUUGAGCAGUUUGAUAGAGAGUGUUCCUGAGUCCGGCGGCGCUGCCAAAGAGAAGCUUCUCCAAUUGAAGGCGGAAAAGGAGGAGGAAUAUCAGCGAGAUGUUGGAAAAGGAAAAAGGCUGUUUGGGGGAGUUUUCCAAUCGAACCAGUAUGCCCGGAUUGUCAUUGAUCAUGGAGUGCCGAGGUGUUCCAGAUGUCAGUGGGAAGCCUGGGGCGGUAGAUGCUUAUAUUGCAAUGCAAGGUUCCUGAAUCCUCGUGAGGAUGAUUCGGAAGAUUACGAGUCGCCCAGUGAUAAUAGUGAUGCAGAUAGUGAUCGUCCGCAGCAGCCGGCUAAUACCCACUCGCAUCUUUCGCCCGAGGAAAGCGCGCGAGCUCUCGGUGCGGCUAGACUGGCUUACGCCAGGAACACAAGUGACUUCCAGAGAGAUGCCAACAUUAUUAUUGCAAGAGCAAGGGGAAUUGCUGCUUUAGCCGGUGAAGAUGUCUCUGAUGGAGCGGAGGACUUCGAUUAUAAUCCUUCGGAUAGCGACGACGAGAUAUACAUCAAUGAAAACGCAGCUGAUCACUACAUGCCCCGGCAGGGCAACUUCUCCAACACGAGCUUAAGUUACGUCGCCAAUGAUUCCGAAGACGAGCCGACUGUACCUGCAAGACCACGUCAUGUUUCGCGGGUGCCUUCCGUUCAUGAGAACAGCUCUGACGACUCAGUUUUGAUGAGCGACGACGACGUGCAUUCGGUACCCCUCAGGUCUCAGCAUUGGAGGAUUGCAUCUUCUGGAUCUUCAGAUUAUUAG